AUGGAUAUUGAGGAAGAAUCAAAGUCAAGCGAAACUCUUGACGAGUCAGUUGUAGAUUAUGGUGAAGAAGACGAGCAGACAAAAAAAUCCGCUGAACCAAAAUUGGCAAAAGUCGAAUAUGAUUAUCAGGCUAAGGAAGCUGACGAAUUAUCUCUUGAUAAAGGUGAUGUGGUAACCGUGAUAGAACAAGUUGAUCAAGGGUGGUGGAAAGGUGAUCUGAAUGGCAAAAUUGGCAUGUUUCCAGCAAAUCAUGUAAAAUUAAUCGAAGUCCCAAGCAAACCAGAUGGUGAAGAAGAUGCUGAGAAUGCAGAGAAUCAAAGUCAUUUACCAAGAAAGUUAAAAAUCUAUGGUGUCAGACCUGGGGGAAUUGGCAGUUUAAUUUCUGGUGGUAUACCUUUAAAAAAUAAACGAAACCAAUCUUCCAAAAAUGAUGAUACUUCUACAUUAAAAAAGACUACCAGUCGUAGCGCAUCAGAAGAUUCUGAAUCUACAAAAGAUGAUAAAUUGGCAUCUCCACCCAUGGUAGCAAAAUCUCCGAUUCCUAAACUGCCACCAAAAAAACGACGUACUAAACAAAAUAUAGCCACUGUUAUGUAUGAUUACGAUGCUGAAGAAGAAGGUGAAAUUUCAUUGAAGGAAGGAACGACUAUUACAAUUUUGGAAAAAACAGAAGAUGGUUGGUGGAGGGGAAAAAAUGAACAAGGCGAAACUGGAAUAUUUCCUUCUACAUACGUGACAGAGAUUAAAACAACAGAUGCUAGCCCAACUGCAGAAGAAGCCGACAGUGAAAAACCUGCUAAAGCUGAAGAACAAGAACUGCAACAGAUUCUCACAAGUCCAAAACGUACAAAAUCAUCAGAUAUUGCAGUGCCUGAACAACCUACUUCCCCACCACGAACCAUACGUCCACUUUCUACACAUUCACAAUCUGAUAUUAGUGUACGAGAAAUUGGUGAAGAUUCUAAAUCGCCUGUAACACCUCCAAGACGACCCACAAAUCCUCCAAGUAAUCGAACUUCCACUCACGAAGACUCGUUAAAUCGACAAUCUAUCCAUGAAUCCACUGAUGAAUCUCGGCAAAGUACAAGUGAAAGUGGUGAAUCCAAUGCAACUCGUCGACCUCCCUCACUUGUUUCUCCAGAUCUUCCUCCAAUUCAAUAUCAAUCACCACGUCAUCCAUCAAAAUCUACACUUCCUGGUAUUCCAACAGACACUGAUAAGUCAUCAGACACUUAUUCUGAAAUUGUGACUUCACCAAUUUCUCCUGUUGAACGUCCCGUCCCACCUAGACCCAGACCCACAUCACAACACGAAGCCAAGUCUGACUCUCCUAAAUCACCACCACCGUUAGCAAAACCACCUACAAUUCCCAAACCCUCAUUUGCUCCGGCAAAGCCACCUACCGUCCAAAGAAGAUCAACACGUAAAGAUUCUAAGAAUGGUGUUAAUGAACAAAAAGAACCUGAUAUAGAUUCUAAAAAAGAAACUGAUGUUCAGCAAACUGAUAUUGAAAAUGAUGAUACCAAUGAUCAAAAUGAUCAAGAAGAUACAGUUAAUCAAGAUAAUGAAAUUAAAGAAAAACAACCAGAACCCCCUGUAAUCGCUACUCCUCCAAGAUUACCUAGUUUAGGUGUUAAGGAAAGGCCAACUAGAAGUAGGCCUCCGACAAAGAAUAUAAAAAACCCUAGUCAAUCUGAAUUAUUGGAACAAGAAGUUGCAUUGGCUAAAGAUGAAGAACCACCAAAACCUCAAGUUACACCACCAAAACCAGAAAAGCCUGUCAAGCCAAGCAUGUUCAAGCUGCCAAUUGCUGGAGCUGGAGUUCCACCAGUGGCGUUACGACCUGUUGCAAAAAGGGUAGUCGAACCUCCAACUUCAA